AUGUCGCUAAUCCCAAGUUUCUUCAGUGGUCGUAGGAGCAAUGUCUUUGAUCCUUUCUCCUUGGACGUCUGGGAUCCCUUCAAGGAUUUUCCUUUCCCCAGUUCUCUUUCUAAUUCCUUUCCUGAAUUUUCUCGGGAAAAUUCUGCUUUUGUGAGCACCCGUGUGGACUGGAAGGAGACCCCAGAGGCACACGUGUUCAAGGCUGACAUUCCGGGGCUGAAGAAAGAGGAAGUGAAGGUAGAGAUCGAAGAUGAUAAUGUUCUUCAGAUUAGCGGAGAAAGGAACGUUGAGAAGGAAGAUAAGAACGACGCGUGGCAUCGCGUGGAGCGUAGCAGUGGGAAGUUCAUGAGAAGGUUCAGAUUGCCAGAGAAUGCAAAAGUGGAACAAGUGAAGGCUUCAAUGGAAAAUGGGGUUCUCACUGUUACUGUUCCCAAGGAAGAGGAUAAGAAGCAUGAAGUGAAGGCCAUUGAAAUUUCUGGUUAA